UACACUGAUAACACAAGAUUCAAAAUCAUGGCAGCUUAUGCAGCUCUAGUUUCUGUUAUGAAUAUCAUAGAUUCCCUUCAACUUCAUCCUCACCCUCCCAUCUCUUUCCACCCUAAACAGGCAGUCUCUCUUGCUAAAAAGGUCACUUUCCUCCAAGAAUUUCUCGAAGUCUAUAAUCCUCGUCUUGACUACAGCAAAGAAGCCGAUCCAUUGGAGAGUCGCAUCGCAGAUGCUGCUUAUGCGGCUGAAGACAUAAUCGAAUCCCAUAUUGUGGAUCAGAUCAAAACUGAUGGAAGAAAGAUCAGCCCCGACUCCUUGUACGAAGCUCUGGAGAAGGUGAUCGAUAAUAUGGAUCUGAUCAAGAAAGAAGCCAUGGAAAUCAAACAGACUUUGGGCAUCCAACAUCAGCUGCACACCAAGUCAACGCCUUCAGAUUCCUUGAAGUCUUCUCCCAUUGCAAAGGAGAACAACAUGGUGGGUGCUGAGGAGGCCUUGCUUGAAAUGAAGGAUAAACUCACUUCUGAUCGCCGUGAUCUGCAGAUCAUCCCCAUUGUAGGGAUGGGUGGCUCUGGUAAGACUACUCUUGCUAUGAACAUUUAUCAAGACCGUCUUAUUAAAGAGCAUUUUCAUGUUUCCGCUUGGGUUGCCAUAUCUCAAGAGUAUAACAUUCAAGAAAUGCUCAAACACAUUCUUCAUCAGUUAAAUAAAGAUGUUGGUCAAAAUUUGGAUGUGGAUGACUUAGGAGAAAUCUUGAGUAAACAUCUAUCUGGUAGAAGAUACUUGAUUGUACUUGAUGACAUGUGGAGUAUUAAGGCUUGGGAUGGGAUUAGGUGGUUUUUACCUGAUAACAAUAAUGGUAGCAGAAUCGUGGUAACGACUAGGCUAUCAAACUUGUGUUCUGAUUUAUCCAACUCUAACAACCUUGAGAUUGGUCUUUUGGAUGAGGUUGAUAGUUGGGAGCUGCUCUCAAAAACUGUGUUUGGAGAGGAAGGUUGCCCACCUGAAUUGGUGGAAAUCGGAAAGCGAAUAGGAAAAGGUUGCAAAGGACUUCCACUGUCGAUUGUUGUGAUUGGAGGACUGUUGUCCAAAUCAAAUCAUACAAGAGAAUUUUGGGAGUCCAUAGAGGAAAACAUAAAUUCAGUAGUGAGGUCAGAGGAUGAUGAACGUUGUUUUAGAACAUUGCACAUGAGCUAUAAGCAACUGCCGGUUCAUCUGAAACCAUGCUUUCUCUAUAUGGGAGUUUUUGGUGAAGAUAAGGUGAUUUGUAGGUGA